ACACGUCAGUCCUAUUUGCCCCCUCUCCCCCUCAAUGUAUCUAUGCUGCUACGAAAUGCGUCACCACUUGAAACCUCUAUCCCAUUAUCCUUCCGUCAGCUUCCCAAGGUAAUAAUUGGCGGUCUUCACAUUGAAGUAUGGCGGCCUCUUUACAUUCAGUCUUUCUCUCCAAUGGUGAAAGCAUCCGUUUAUAUACCAGAUCACGGCAAAGUGAUGAAAGAUGUCACCAGAUUGGGGCUGAUGUUGACAAAGGUAUAGUUGUGGUGAAAAUGUGGCCUAAUAGAAGAAAGUCCAGACAUAGGUUACAUUGGGGGUUGGAGUCAAGAUGUUCAAAUUUGUUUUCACUAGGAAUGAAGAAGAUUUCUUCAUCGUGCAGCACCAGUGCUAGUAUACCUGUGCAAAAGGAGAGAUUUCAAUUUCAAAAGCCAGGAAUACUGAUUGUUCAAGUGAAAUGGAUUCAAUUCCUGAAAGUAGCUGUCAUAGUGGCUUGCUCAUUUUUGGUCAUUCAAACGGCGGAUGCUGUAGAUGCUCUCAAAACUUGUGCGUGCUUAUUGAAGGAGUGCAGGGUGGAACUUGCCAAAUGCAUUGCAAACCCAUCAUGUGCAGCUAAUGUAGCCUGUCUCCAAACAUGCAAUAAUAGACCUGAUGAGACUGAGUGCCAGAUAAAAUGUGGGGAUUUGUUUGAAAACAGUGUUGUGGAUCAAUUCAAUGAAUGUGCGGUCUCACGAAAGAAAUGUGUGCCCCGUAAAUCUGAUGUGGGUGAAUUUCCCGUGCCUAAUCUUGAUCUCCUUGUUAAGAACUUCAACAUCAGAGAUUUUAGUGGCAAGUGGUUCAUAACUAGUGGUUUGAAUCCUACUUUUGAUGCCUUUGAUUGCCAAUUGCACGAGUUCCAUACAGAAGCGGACAAACUUGUGGGAAAUUUGACAUGGCGUAUACGGACUCCAGACACUGGUUUUUUCACUCGAUCAGCUGUGCAGAGAUUUGUGCAAGAUCCAACUCAUCCUGGAAUACUCUACAAUCACGACAACGAAUAUCUUCACUACCAAGAUGACUGGUAUAUUUUGUCAUCCAAAAUACAAAACAACUCGGACGACUAUGUAUUUGUAUAUUAUCGAGGCAGGAAUGAUGCAUGGGAUGGAUAUGGUGGUGCUGUUGUGUACACAAGAAGUGCAGUUUUGCCUGAGAGUAUCAUACCUGAAUUAGAAAAGGCAGCUCAAAGCAUAGGACGCAACUUCAACAACUUUAUCAGAACGGACAACACUUGUGGACCUGAACCUCCCCUAGUAGAGAGACUGGAGAAGACGGUGGAAGAAGGAGAGAAGACUAUCAUAAAAGAGGUCGAAGAAGGAGAGAAGGCUAUAAUAAAAGAGGUCGAAGAGAUAGAAGAGGGGGUGGAGAAGGUGAAGGACACUGAGAUUACCUUGUUUCAAAGGUUGAUGGAAGGCCUUCAAGUGCUCAAACAAGAUGAGGAAAACUUCCUGAGGGAGUUGAGUAAAGAAGAGAUGGACAUAUUGAGUGAGCUUAAAUUGGAAGCGAGCGAGGUAGAAAAACUCUUUGGACGAGCUCUGCCCUUGCGGAAGUUGAGAUAAAAUUGGUUUGGGAGAGAUGUAAUUUAUCAGCAGUUGACUGAUUCAACCAUAAUUUCAAUUGUAUAGCUUUUGUUUUCUCCAUGCAAUACAUUUCAAAUAUUUUCUUUUCUUGUGUACAGUUUUGAGACAGGCUGUUGGGUGUGGUGGUAUAAAAAGGCAGCCUAAUGCACAAGAUUUCUACCACUACAGGUUAUGGGUAAGGUCAGCCUUGCGUAGCCUUCUGCCGCUUGGUAAGAGCUUGUUUUUCUGACUCGAUUUCUUGAUGCCUAGGCAUUGUGUGAUUGAAUAUCAUAUGUAAUACAACUGGAAGCCAGGCUUUCGUAUGGUG